AUGAAAAUAUCAGUGCUUAUUACAACUAUACUAAUCGUGCAGGUCUCAUCCACAUCAUUUUUCGAUUUAUUUCACGGGGCGGUACAGUCAGUUCAAAAUGGUUUUGGAAAACUACUAACAGACGUAGUAACCGAUGUCAAAGAAACCGUGGAUUGCACGAUUUUGGCUGUACAACAAAUGCUUUCUUUAAGCGAAGAUGCCACUAGACGUUACUAUGAAAAAUGUGGAAAUGGAAUGAACUCUACUUCAACAGAUGGAAAUACUACAAGCGUCGAAGGUAUUCAACCGGGCAAUGAAGAAAACCUGGAAAAGGAAAUAGAUGAGAAAAUUAACAAGACAAUGUCAAAGGUUCUGGAUGACUACAAGCCUGAUGAAAAAAUUAAAGAACUUGAAAAAUUACUAGUUAUAGAAUCUGAACAACUAGCAGAUGUUAACGAAUUAUUAAAAAAAGAAAUAAAGAAACUUUCUGAAGAAGUUGGUAAAGACUUCAAAAACAUCAAACAUAAUGAUACAGAAUCGUCUGUUGAGACAAUUCUUCAUGAAAUCAAAGUAUUGGAAAAUAAAGAACUUAAUACUAGAAACACUUCAGAAAUUAAGGAGAUUCACCAUGUAAUGUCUGAGGUUGUAGACAAAAUAGAUGCUAUUGAAGCUACUGAGGCAACCGAGAAUGUUAAGCUCGAUGAGAUUGUCGGAGAUUUACAAAACAAAUCUAAAGAUAACAGCAUUGCACUUUUAAAACAAGAAAUUAAAGAAUGGGAAGAAGAGGAGUCUCGAAAUUUGGGGGAACUAAAGAAAGAAGUACAGGAACAUGUAAAAAUUAUCGAUCGUCCAAAAAUAGAACCGGAGUGUAAUCAUACUCAACCUGUUAUAUUCAACAUGGACAUAUCUAAAGGUUCCACUGCCAGAUCUAUAAAUUCACGAGAACUAUCUAGUGAUAACAUAACUCAAGCCAGGGUUAUUAAUGACGGCGAUAGUAAUUACCAAUCGCUUAAUGUCAGCAAGUCCUCCAAUGAGACUACUGAGCUAGUCGAACUGACAAAACAUGUUAAUCCGGACACUGAGCCUUUAACUACAGCUAGCCCAACCAUGAACCAAAAUGAAAAUAAAUCUAUUGAAACUAUCAAAAUUGAUAAUGUAUACGUUAGCACGGAGUCCAUGUCAAAUAAAUCUUCAGAUUAUAUGGUUAAUAAUGACACCGUAAUUGUAAGAGGAAUACAAAACACUAACGUUGAUUUAACUUCAACUACACAAGGUAUUACUAUAAGCGGUGAUACGAAUAAUACAGAAACAGAUUCAAGUAUUAAUAUGGGUACAACGUCCACUGAAAAAAUACAUCCCUUGGGCGAGACUUUACCUUCAAACGAAACUGUAACUCCAGCAAAAAUUGAAUCAAUUGUCAUGAAACCCCCAAAAAAUAAUUUUACAGACACACAUUUAACUUCCAUACCUUUAUUUCGUUAUGAUGGUUAUAUUUCUGCAAAUAAACCAAUUCAACCUGAGGAAUUAACUACAGUACGUAAUGAAGAGAUUACUACAGUUACUGCAAUACCAAUUGACACUAUAACUCCCGACCUACCUAUUACAGAUAGUAUGCCAGCUAGUGAAACUAUUCCACCUCAACUAUUAACCACACCAGAAAAUACAGACAAUACUACAGUUACUACAGAACCGAAUGAAAAAGUGACUUCAAACUUAUCAAUCACAUAUAAUUCACCUGCUAAUGAAGACAAUCCUACAGUUACUACAGAACCGUACAAUUCACUGCCUCCUAACACGUCAGAUACAGAUAGUGCACAUGUUAGUGAAAGUAGUAUACCUGCAAAACCAACUACACUUGAUAAUGAAGACAAUCCUACAAUAAUUACAGAAUCAAACGAUACAGUAACUACCAACUUGCCAGUUAUACCGGCUAGUGAAAAUAUUCCACUUUUAGAAUUGACAACAGUGGAUAACGAAGAUAGUCCUACAAUUACUACGGAACCGGACGAUAAAGUGACUAUUCUCUUACCAAUAACAGAUCGUUUACCGGUUAGUGAAACUAUUCCAGCCGAAGAAUUUACUACAGCUAGCAACGGCGAUAAUCCUACAGUUAGUACAGAAGCAAAUGAAUCAGUGAUUCCUAACCAAUCAAUGAUAGAAAGUGCACCUGCUAAUAAUGAGAAUAUUCCUCUUGAAGAAUUGACUACAGUGGACGAUGGAGACAGUUCUACAUUUACUACAGACACAAAUGAUGCAGUGCCUCCUACCCUAUCAAUGACAGACAGUUCCCCUGCCAGUGAAAAUAUACCUCUUGAAGAAAUAACUACAGCAGUUAAUGACGAUAACCCUACUAUUACUACAGAACUGAAUGACACAGUGACUCCUGACAUGUCUACAACAGAUAGUACAUCUGCUAGUGAAACUAUUCCAUCUGAAGUAGCCAGUGUGAUUCCCAAUGAUGAAGAAUCUAUACCAACUACUACAAGUGUUAACGAUUAUACUGUUUUAACUCAAAACAGCACUUAUAUUACAAACACAUCUGAAGAGGGAAUUACACCGUGUUGUAAAGAUUUUGAGGAAACUUUAAAGAGAUCCGUAAAUGAAAAUACAACAAGUAGCAUGGUUGUUGAAAAUAGUCCACCUACCGACACUCCAGAACUUGCAAUAGUUACAACGAUUGAGACGGCAGGCACAACUUUGACUACACAGAUUCCAACACUCAGAGCUGGACCCGUAGACAAUAAAAACGCAUCGUUUGACUACGACGCUUUCUUUCCAUCUCAAACAAAUAAAGAGGUGCGUCAGCGUGCCAUAAAGGAAGCCCGUCAACUCAUGAAGGGAAGAAAACGCUCAGAGCGCAUAAUUAAUAAUAUCCUCAAAAAUAAAAGAAAAGGUACAGUUGGUUUAUUUAGUGGCCCCGUUCCAAUAAAUUCAGGGAAAUGA